UAUAUAGAAAUUGUGAAUAUGUGAGUGAAUCACUUAUAAAGUCGCUGUGAUCCAGGAGGCACAACAAAGGGUUCGACGCCGACGCCCACACCGACACUGCCUCCUCUGCCGCUGAUUAAAUUAAUCUAAUCUCGACAACGCGCCAAACUUCUCUGCCGCAGCUACAUUUGCAACUACCGGCGGAACGUCAAUCAGUAAACACUCGCCCGAAGACGCCGCCGGACGUAUCAAUCCAAAGAUCCCACUAGUGCAACGAACAAAUAACAGAAUGGUGGCUCCCUCGAAACUCAGCCAGGUGCUUAGCUACCAGAACUUCGUGCAUGCCGUCUCCGGAGCCGCCGGUGGCUGUAUUGCUAUGAGCACAUUCUAUCCACUGGACACGGUGCGUUCCCGUCUGCAGCUGGAGGAAGCCGGCGAAGUGCGGAGUACCAAGCAAGUGAUUAAGGAGAUAGUUCUCGGCGAAGGAUUCCAGUCGUUGUACCGAGGUCUCGGUCCUGUCCUCCAGAGCCUGUGCAUUUCGAACUUUGUGUACUUCUACACAUUCCAUGCCCUCAAGGCGGUGGCUUCGGGUGGCUCUCCAUCCCAGCACAGCGCUCUUAAGGAUCUGUUCCUUGGCAGCAUUGCAGGCAUCAUCAAUGUACUCACCACCACACCGUUUUGGGUGGUAAACACCCGGCUUCGUAUGCGCAAUGUGAAGGGAACCUCGGACGAGGUAAACAAGCACUACAAGAACCUCCUAGAGGGGCUCAAGUAUGUCGCCGAAAAAGAAGGCAUCGCCGGCCUGUGGUCGGGCACUAUUCCCUCCCUGAUGCUUGUCUCGAAUCCUGCCCUGCAGUUUAUGAUGUAUGAGAUGCUUAAGCGCAACAUUAUGCGCUUCACCGGCGGUGAGAUGGGUAGUUUAAGUUUCUUCUUCAUCGGUGCCAUUGCUAAGGCCUUUGCCACGGUGCUGACCUAUCCGCUACAGCUGGUCCAGACCAAACAGCGCCAUCGCAGCAAGGAAUCGGACUCUAAGCCCUCCACUUCGGGAUCCCAACCGCGCACUGAGAGCACGCUGGAGCUGAUGAUCAGCAUUCUGCAGCACCAGGGCAUCCGUGGUUUGUUCCGCGGAUUGGAGGCUAAGAUCUUGCAGACCGUGCUGACAGCCGCCCUGAUGUUCAUGGCCUAUGAAAAGAUAGCCGGCACAGUGGUCAUGCUGCUCAAGCGCAACUAAAAAGAGGCUCUAGUCUACACGUAGUUUUACUCAACCGUAAUGUAAGCUAUAAUACAAACAUACACAAAAUGAUUUAGGAUAUGGCCAGGACACAGACUCUCCAAAGUUUAGUCGCUAAGCGUCAAUGGAUAAACGACAACAAUUGUUAACAAAGGAA